UAAGAUAGGUGGUGUUUCGCAUAAAAUGUUUACAAUUAUUAAUAAAACUCAGGGUUUUAUUUAAUUUAAUAAAAAAAAAACUGAAAACAUCUAUUCCAUAGAGAUCUUUGCUAGUGUAAAAAAGGUUAUGGACUUGAAUAAAUUAUUUUUUAACCAUGUCUUUCCAGAAGCUUCCAUUAAUCUAUGUUUUCCAUAUUCUCUUGGCUUGUAUCCUUUUGGAAACUAAAUUUGCCAUGGCUGAUGAUGCUGAUGUUAAUUUGGUGACAGUUUUGUUUUGUUAUGGACCCAAAUUCAGUGAUCAUGCAGAGUAUAAUUUAAGCGAUGCAGCUUCUCUUCUUAAACAUCCGAAAUUCAUCCAUAAUCAAACUCAUUUGUAUAUAUCUGGAUACAAAAGUUUUAAAGGACAUCCUUCAACAAAAUUAAUGGCUGCAUCGUACUUAAAGAGAAACACAACAAAUUUCUUGGAUCUUAAAUGGGAGAAACUAGUUAAUGGAGAUUAUAUUUCAUCUCAACAAAAUGUCUUAAAGUAUUCUCCAAUAGUUGCUGAUUUUAUAAUCGAGCUAUUCAAAUUGGGACUUCCAGAAGAUUCAUUUAGCAUGUCUGGGUCCUCAAUGGGGGCUUGUGCUAUUGGUGUAAUUGCUCGAGAUUUAAUUGAAAGAAGUAAUGGAACCAUGCAAAUUGAACGAAUUUCACUAUUAGAUCCAUCCAAUGAGGCAGCUCAUGAUGAAUUUAUUUUACCAGAAAUUGAAAAAUCUUUUGCUAAAUUUAUUGAUGUAAUUCAUUCUGAUGCUGGUGGUAUUGGAACAACAAAGGCCAUUGGACAUGCAAAUUUUUGGCUUAAUAACGGAACUAGAUUUCAACCAGAAUGUCCAUCUGAUGACCCUAAAUAUUACAAAUGCAGUCAUAGAAAAGCAACCGUAAUUUGGGCUGAAAGUGUGGCCAAUGGGAAAUUGAAACCAAUCUUGGCAUAUCCUUCAGGAAGUUAUGAUGAAUUGUUGAAAAAUGGUGCUGAGAAAUAUAAGGAUUUAGCUGUUGCAAUUGGAAUAGAUUGUCCCUCAAGUGCUACAGGAAAUUACUAUUUGCAGCACCAAACAACAUUUGGUAAUUUUUAUGCUCUUUUUAAAUAAAUAAGAAGUCUUAUUAUUACGAACUUAAU